AUGCGGGAAAUCGUGGACAUGCUGCAAAACGAGGACUUCAGAGUCGCCGGUGUGUACUGCAUCGAUGUCAACUUCAUUGAGGACACCGCCAAGUUCCUCUCAGGGGCUUUGUCCGCACUGACUGCGAUGGUCAACUUGGAGCUGCCCCACAUCAAUGUGCUGACGAAGUGCGAUCUUCUUCCCGAAGGAGCAGAUGUAGAGCGAUACAUUGAAGGUGACCCGGAGGCCAUAGUUGCAGACCUUCGCACAUCCAUGCACCCCAGGUAUCGGAAGCUCAAUGAAGCGCUGGGGCAGCUGUUGGAGGAGUACUCAUUGGUCAGCUUCGUGGCGCUAAACCGCGAUGAAGAGGACUCCAUCGAGCUGUGUCUGGCACAUGUCAACCAUUGCAUCCAGUACGGUGAAAAUCUGGAGCCAGAAGGUAACUUCGAUAUGCCCGACGAUGACAUGGGCGGUGUGAGCAUCGCUACGCCUUGUUUACAGCAGGUCUUUACCUACAAGCACCAGCCCCAGCUCUUCGCUCUCUCUUUGCGCUGUGAUUUCGCCUGGGUGGCGCUCCUGCACAAGGGCAUUGAGCUUCGCGGAGCUUUUCCCGUGGAGCAUUACCUCCAAAAGGCGACGCAAGAGAGUCCGGCCGAAAUCCAAUACUUGGUCCACAACCUCGGGGGAGACCGCAGCAAAACAGCCAAAGAUGUUGGUAUGUAUGUAGCACAGCAAGUGCCCACCCCCCGAGAGCUGCAUGAUUUGGUGGAAAACAUCUCAGAUGCAAUGCUUGCUGGGAUAAAGCCCUUGCUGACUGACGACGGAACGGGCGCGACGUACAUGCUUCGCGGACCCGGAUCUUCGAAACCUCUGGCUGUGUUCAAGCCCAAAGAUGAGGAAGCAUACGCGCCGAACAAUCCUCGAGGCUAUCAGGCCAAGGAGAACUCCAUCGGCCUGCGGCCUGGUGUCCUUUCGACGCAGCAGGCUGCACGCGAGGUUGCAGCUUUUUUGCUGGACCACAAGAAAUUUGCUGGAGUACCGCCCACCACCUUGGUACACGCCAAGCAUGAGAAGUUCGUCAACCCUGACAAGAACAAGGUUGAAUGGAAGAUUGGAGCGUUACAGGAGUUUGUGAAUUCAUGUGGCACCUCCGGCGACUUCGGGAUGUCCGUCUUUAGCGUUUCAUCUGUGCAUCGAAUUGGAAUUCUUGAUGUCCGGAUCGUGAAUCUGGACAGGAAUGAUGGGAACCUCUUGGUUUCUGACAGCAAGAGGCCGAAGCUCAUUCCCAUUGAUCACGGCCUGUCCUUGCCAGACAGACUGGAGGUGUAUACAACCGACGUGGUCUGGAUGGAUUGGCCUCAGGCGAAGAAGCCGUUUGACAAGCCAGAGCUGGACUACAUCAGGAUGCUGGAUCCGGAGAAGGACGCCAAAAACAUUGAGACACAGCUCGGUGUUCGACGGGAAUGCCUGCGCCUGCUAGAAGUGACCACGAAGUUGCUAAAGUUUGGUGCGGAGCGUGGGCUCACCCUUCACCAAAUAGGUUUAAUUCUCUACAGGGAGGAUCCAGAUGAUGGUGAUGGCACGCACAAGCCGAGCGUGCUGGAGUCGAUCAUUUCCAGAUGUGUCGAGUCAGCACUGGCGGCCAUUGGCCAAUCUUCCCGCACGGCUUCAACAACCGAGAGCUUGGACUUAGUGCCCACUCUUCGCCACGGCUCGCGCUUACGCCGGCAGGUUUCUGGCGGUGGUGCAAACGAUGGCUAUCAUCCAUCGCCACUUCCGUCACCAAUGAUAACGCCGAGCCGUCCUCCCACGGAAGGCACCUUUCCGGCCUUCACAAUGCUGGACAGUGGUGAGUCCGACUC